UAAAAGAGCGGAGAGACACUUCAGUCUGAAGCAGUUUGAGUUUCACACAACGCUUAACAUUUUAUGUUCUCUCCCCAUUAGUAACACCGACAUGGUUUACAUGUGAUUAGUAAUGUUUGUAUCAUGGGUGGUUAUCUGAGUCGCUUUCUUCUGUGAUUUCAGUCCUGCGUGCCACAUGAAAACUGUUCAUCGACGUAAGACGAGACACUGACUUCAUAGGGUGCUGCGCAGACGAGCCUUUACAUUGGUUUCAGGGUCCCUUUGAACAACAUCAGAGAUGCUGAUCCAAAGCACAAACAUUGAGAAGGACUUUCAAGCACCAGAUUAACAACGACAAAAAAAAAAAAAAACAUAUUGAAUUUGUCUACCUCUAUCUUCAACAAACGUCCAAAGUCCAGUCUCAGAAUAUGGCGUUUUUAAUGAAAAAGAAGAAGUUCAAGUUUCAGAUACACUUUACCCUGGAGGAGCUCACGGCUGUGCCAUUUGUCAACGGGAUGCUUUUCUGCAAAAUCAGAUUAUUGGAUGGUGGAGACUUUUCCAUUUCUUCAUCCAGGCAAGAGGUACAGGAGAACUGCGUUCGCUGGCGAAAGAAGUUCUCGUUUGUGUGCAAGAUGAGUGCCAGUUCAACCACGGGAGUCCUGGACCCCUGUAUUUGCCGCGUUUCUGUGCGUAAGGAGCUUAAAGGUGGAAAAGCUUUUUCAAAGCUGGGCUUUGCUGACCUCAAUUUGGCGGAGUUUGCUGGUUCAGGCUCCACUGUUCGCUGCUGUAUACUGGAAGGAUACGACACCAAGAACACUCGGCAAGACAACUCCAUACUCAAGGUUACUAUUAACAUAACUCUUCUUUCUGGAGAUCCCUGCUUUAAAACGCCUGUGAGUACAGCUAAGACUAUUGCCAUAGCUGGGCAGGACCCCUCUCUGCAGCUGGACCGCAAGGGAGAAGGCACUGCCGACCACUCUGUCCCUUCACUUGGCAGCACCGCUCGCCGACCAAUCAAAAACAGACUCUCUGUGAACAACUCGGGAGGCCUUCAGGAAGGAUUGGAGGAGAACCUGUCCAGUCCGGAUGAAGUGUUUCACAGAAGUCACUCUCGCAACUCCAGCUUUGCCAGCCAGCAGAGCAAAAUCUCAGGUGGGACUCAGGGCACGAUCAAAAGAACACCAGGCUACAGCACAGAGUACUCUCGCUCCUCCAGCCUGACGGAUCUCUCUCAUCACCGGCGAAACACCUCCACCAGCAGCAGUAACACAUCAGGAGGGACCGCUACAGCUGCCGAGAGCCCUGUAGAGCAGGAGAAAGAACUCGUAAAACCAGAAAAGCCUCCGCGACCACCCCGUCCCACCCUUCUCCCUAACAGACCCUCAAGGAGAAAGAUGGACUCUGUGGAGAGCCACCCCACCUGGGUCGAUGACACUCGUAUUGAUGCUGAUGAUAUUGUAGAGAAGAUCGUGCAGAGUCAGAACUUCAGUGAUGUCAGCAACAAUGAAGACAGCAAUCUAACACUGUUUAUCAGUAAGGAUGGUACCACGGCCUUAAGUGGCAUCCAGUUGGUCAGCAGGGUGUCUGCGGGUGUUUUCGAACAAGUGGUGAUCGAGAGUCAUUAGAUCUCUGAUGGACAACUGCAGUCCUUUUUAUUUUUUUAUGAAUAAGACUGACUUCAAAACUUGCCCGUUUUUGGGUGUGAAUCUGUGUACUCGCACAUUACAAAGGUAUCAGUCUAAUCAUGCUUUGUGGGUACUUUUAUAACACCCGUAGCUCUAUGAUUAAGAAUUAAGAAUUAUAAAUAUUUUACACCUGAUUCUGAGGAUAUCAGCUACUUGAAAUGCCUUUAGAAGUGAGGCAUGAUGGGAUCUUCAGUCUAACACUGUAAAAUAGGAGGGCAGUACAAAAGAUUUAGGAUAUUAUAUUAGAUUUUAUAAGCCUUACAGACUUUAUUUAAUUGCAUAUUAUUUGUCUUUUAUUUUUUGUAAUAUACCCCAAUAUAUGCUAAGUGGAGGUUAUAAACCACUAAAAUCUUAUAAAGUCAGCAACCAGCCCAUUACGCUAAUACCAGCCCAUGUCAACCAUUGACAAAUAAGCCUAAAGUUAUUUAAGUAUGUCUGAGGCAAAAAAAAAAAACUUUUGGCCAUUCCCUUCACAAAACCUACUAUCAGUAUCCUAACUGUGUGAGUCUGAGAUGGUUUGGUUACUUGUGUUCCAGCUGGACUGGUUAACAUAACAUCUAUAAAUUUCUCACUACAGUUCACGAUUUGUUUCUAUGUCUGUCUCAGUAUUUUGUCUCAUUCACUGUUUGAAUCGUUUAACUGUGCUGCUGGUUUCAGCUGUGAAUGUUCAUGUGACUAUGAGUUAAGGCUCUGACAGCUACUGCGAUGUCUCUUUUAGCCUUGUCGGCCACACAAGGAUACAAUUUAUUUGUUAUUUUCUUGGAAGGGCCUGGCGAGCAUCAAAACAGUCCUAUCCCGGGGUGAUCCUGUGUAAAGAGGCUAAUAGCUGACAAAGAGAUAAAUGUUCAAGACUAAAUUUUAUAGGUUAAAGCUGAAAAGUUGCAUCGCUUUUAGGGUUGGAUCAGAGACCGUGAUUCAUAGUCACAAGACUUUGUGCCUGGCAACUGCCUCUGUGUUUCUGACUGGCACCUGGUGUGCACUAGGAAACAGCGUGCAAUAGACAUGUAAGAGAAUGGAAAAUCCCAUUAUGUGUUUCUCUGUAAUGUUUAUUGCUUAUUUGUCAUGUAUUUAUAACUAGCCAUGAUCUUAAUCAUGGAACAGAGUAUUUCUCAGUUGAUCUGAGAGCUUAAAAACUGACAUUGCGAGUUCUGUACUCGUUUCGCACAUGUUUCGUCAGUUAAGAGAGAAGUGCAAUGUGGGCCUAUUCGUCGUGCAAGCCCAUUUUAAUGAAUUCUUGCAUGGAAAGCCCUAAAACAUUUCAUCGGUCCAGUGGCUUAAAAUUACAAGCAUUAAAAUAAUUAUUGUUCACAAGUAUACAAGAGGUGUGAGGAAAGUUAUAUUUGUGUUUUAAAUCUAUCAUGCCAUUUUAAAUUAUGACUAACACCUAAUUUUGUGGUUUAAGCUUCGCUGCUUUUCUUCAGGAUUAUGAGAUAAAUAGCUACAGUAGAUGCUGAAAUAUUCAGCACUCUGAGAUAUUUAGGGUAACACUAAAAUAAAUAAAUGACCAAGCCUGGUGUUCUGGAUGUCAUAAAGGGAUUUUCCUUAAGACACUGAACAAUGUGUUUUUUUUCAUUGUUUACUUUUUGUACUGUACUUUUCUUGUUCAGUCUGAUAUGAAAAAGUUAUAAGCCACUUACAAUAGAUGAAUAACUUUCCUGUCAUGUGUCUUUUCGAACCAGCUGGCUGGUUCAUUGGAAUCUCUUUUAUCACGGGAAUUUUCUCACGUAUUAAAUAACAUUGUGAUGGAAUGCACAAAAAAUGACCAUCUACAAUUCUUGUGCUUCUUCUCUUUUCUUACAUUAUCUUACAAAAAGUCUAUAUUAAUGUUGAUGUUUUCAGUCAUGAUGGACUAAUCUGUGAUCAAAAAGAAUAUAUAUGAGGAGCUCAGAUGCAAAAGCUACUAAACGCCACCUGUUAAAAAUGAGGUAAUGAUAUUAACUGAAUGGUUUUGGGCACGUAGUAAACGUUCAUCAUAUACUUUUGCUUCAUAUCCGCUUGAUCCAGGCCUCAGGCCUUUCAGAAAUACCGGUUUGUUGGCAAAAUCCAUUGAUAAAAGUCUGAUGAAAAAGCUAGUCAGGCACACUUAGAGGGUUUUGCAUCUGAGCUCUUCACUUACUAUAGCCUCAGAAAAAAAAUCAAGAGACCACUUCAAGAUUAUUUUCAGUUUUUCUAAAUUUCCUAUUUAUUUGUAUGUGUUUAAGUAAAAGUUUCAGCAUUUCUGACAAAUUCCUUAUAAAAGCAAUGAUUUUAUUUGCAGAAAAAUGAAACCGAAUAAACUAACAAAAAGAUCUAAUGUUUUCAGAUCUUUAAUACUGCAAUGAAAAAAGUUUUGCUUAAUUUUUAAACAACACAAUGAUAUUGUUUUUACAUGUGUUUUAGAAAUUAUUGAAAAAAGAAUAUUUGAUGGAAUAACCUUGAUUUUUAUUCACAUCUUUUAUGCGUCUUGUCAUGGUGUCAAUCUUUGACAUUGCUCUUGGGUGACUUUGUCACUCCUGAGGUUUCCUUUUGUUGAAAUUCAAAGAAAUUGCACAUCAAUGUCACAAUACAUGUAGAAAUGAUGAUCACAGCAAAACUAUAGGUCCCUUAAUUUUUUUCCCAUAUAUAUAUAUAUAUAUAUAUAUAUAUAUAUAUAUAUAUAUAUAUAUAUAUAUAUAUAUAUAUAUAUUUAAGAUGCUGUUGCAGGGAGCUGAGUGGGGUCUUUACACGCACACCUUCAGUUUGGAAGCAGAAAUGAACAGCAUUUCAGUAAUCUGGAGUUUUUUUAUCAAAUAUAAGACUGGUAUACAUAGUUUACAUUUAUAUUUUGUUAAUAUCAUUACAAAGACAAGGUGGAAUCCAAAAUGUAUUAAAUUGCAUUGGUUAUGAUUUUUACAAUAGUUAAGAUAUAUAAUUUAAGACAUAAAACAAAGGAUGACUCUGCACAGGCUCCAGAAUACUGAAACAUUGGAAUACACACAAAUAUAUGUAUAUCACUACAACAGCACUUAAAUACUAAAGACUAAUUUAACUCACACGUUUCCCAGAAUGUUAUCAUUUCACCUUUGCUAUAGUGAUAAAAACUGCACUUGAGUCAGAAGCUUUCUAAAAUAACAUGCAUAUUGCUUACUGUAAUGUGAUAAGACAAAUAAAAUAUAUAUUCUGGAGAUUUCUUUACAAAUUAUAUAACCUAUGUAAAUGAAUUUACCACAAAGUAAUAUGGAAAUAAAUUUAUUUUUCUGAUCGUGACAAAUGUUUUAAGACCACAUAUGUGUUAUUGUCCCAAAGUUUUCUUGUUGUCAUGUUUGGUUUGCAUGGAGAGGUAUACUGUAUUUUCUAACAAUAGACCUUGACUAUAUUUGUACACUCAAAUGUGAAUGUUUUUUUUCCUUAAGUGUAACUGUCAGGUGAUGUUAUUUGUAUGUAUUAUUUUGGGGAAAUAAAGUUAAUGUUGGGUA